AUGGAUGUCAUGGUCGAUGGUAGUAUGACGAAUAGUAGAACUAAAGGCAAAUAUCCAUCCCGCGGAAAUAAUACGAAGGCCACCAAAACGAGCUUUACGUCAAGUAUUUUGCGUGACCCUGAUCAAGGUGCAAGCUGUACUGAUAUAGGAAGUGUUCAAGAAUACGACACUCUAAGCGAGUUUAUAGAUGUUGUGGCCUACAACGAAGAAGGUGACGUCGAUAUUUUCCGUCACGUGAAGAUUGAAAUUCCUCCAUGUUUGGUCAAAGAAUUGAUUUUCUUGCCGUUGAUGAGCAAGAAGACGCGGAAGCGUAGCCAAGCGAAAGGCGAAAUUUUGAAAAUUUGUGCGACUGUCGAAGAAACUAUUGACGAUGAAAUCAAUACUGCGGAAGAAUUUGAUAAGAAGACACGGAAGGUAUCGUUUGAUGAGCAGUCGUGGGACGCUUUAACCUCAAACCUCGUGUAUGAAGUUGUAAAGGAAUAA